CAUCUCUGAGCAGGACCUUGGUCAGAUAAAUAACCUGCAACUCUGAGACUCAAUCACACACGGAGUGUGCUUGAGCAGAGUAAAUCAUGGCUGCUUUCUCACACACACUCGCCUCGCUGCUGCUCCUGUUCACACUAACUUCAGCGCAACCGAGAGGGGAUUACUCAGAGCACUGUGUCCCUAAUGACGCCUUCGGGUCUUACUGUCCCACCACAUGUGGCAUAGAAAAUUAUCUCCACACCUACAAGUCGGGCGUCGUGAAGGACCUGAAUCACAUUGACGAACUCCUGCAGGAGAUUUCCAACCUAACCAGAGGAGCUCAGGAUAAAGUGGUUUAUCUGAAGGACUCACAGACGCAGGCGCAGAAAUCCUCACCAGAUCUGUAUAUCCAGAAGUCGUCGAGUAUGCUGGACGAUGUGCUGCGGUUUGAGAGGACCAUUCUCUCUCAGGAGGAACAGAUUUUUGAUCUGCAGGCAACGCUGGCAGACAAUGAGAAGCGUCUGACAGAGCUGAAGCAGUUAUCUUUACAGCUGGAGCAGAAGUGUAAAUUGCCAUGUAAAGACACAGUGACGAUACAGAGCAUCACUGGGAAAGAUUGUCAGGAAAUUGCUAAUAAGGGUGGUAAAGUUAGCGGCCUGUAUUAUGUCCAGCCUGCGAAAUCUCCCAAGUCGUUCCUCGUGUACUGUGAGAUCGACAGCUUGGGCCGAGGCUGGACCGUGCUCCAGAGGAGGCGUGAUGGCAGUGUUAACUUCAACAGAAACUGGAUCCCGUAUAAAGAAGGGUUCGGUUAUCUCUCUCCUGAUGACAGCACAGAGUUCUGGCUAGGAAACGAGAAGAUCCACCUGCUCUCUGUUCAGUCCAGCAUUCCAUACGUGCUCCGGAUAGAGCUGGUGGACUGGGAAGGUGUCAAGAAAUAUGCAGACUAUGCCAUGUUUAAAUUGGCUCCUGAGGUGGAUCAGUACCGUCUGACAUACGCUUACUAUUUUGGAGGAGAUGCUGGUGAUGCUUUCGAUGGGUUUGCUUUCGGCGAUGAUGCGAGUGAUAAACCGCUCACAUCUCAUAACGGCCUGCAGUUCAGCACACCUGACCGAGAUAACGACCGAUACAGCGGGAACUGCGCUAAGCAGGACGGAUCAGGCUGGUGGAUGAACCAAUGUCAUGCUGCUCAUCUGAACGGAAAAUAUUACAGAGGGGGUAGAUAUUCCCAAAAGGACGUGGGUGAGCACGGGUUUGAUAAUGGCAUUAUCUGGGCCACGUGGCACGAUCGCUGGUAUUCACUGAAGCAGACCACCAUGAAGAUCAUUCCCGUAAAUAGAAUCCACGCUGGAGGUCAGCUUGGACUGGACAUUGGCAAAGGAGAUCUUCCCAGCCGCUAAUGACCAAUCUUCUGUUCACAAAUACCAGAGAUUUAAUUUCACACUGAUUUUGACACAUUUUAUCUUCAUCUCAGCAGAAUACAGUCACAUCAUCACACGUCAUAAAUCAUACUUCAGCAUACAGAGAGCAGAUAUUUAGCACUUUUCUCACAUCAUGACAUGAAGGAGAUUUUUAAAGAAUGAUAAAAAAAAACUGAGGAACAAGUUCAUAUCAAAAUAGUUUUAUUAUUGUUUUACAGAUGUUUCAUUUGUAAAUGAAAGGAAAGUGAAAUUCUACAGUCUCUAAUCAGGAUGUACACACACACACACACACACACACACACACACACACACACACACACACAAUUAAUCCACAUGGUCGAGUGCAUGAGGGCAGCUAGUUAAACAUUCCCUCAUUCUGUAGACUUUGUGUGUUUGUUCAUUGAUUGGUGUACUUUUUAAUCUGUCCUGUUUACUCAGAACGUCAGCAGGCGGCUUGCUGCUAAAUUCUUUUUAAACAAAUGAUUUUGUGCUCAUUUUUAUUAAUGAAAUAAUAAAUAUGAUUAACAAAGUAACUUAAAAUGUA